AUGAGCGAGACCAGAUCCUUCCGUGUAGCUUUGCUGGGUGCUGGCAUCUUUGCCAGAGAAUCGGUACGUACUACAAUGCAUACCGGUGGCUCUUCUCCUCCGCUUCCCGCUCGCGCCAGCUGCUCGGAAUCCGCGCCCCACUUUUGAGAACAAGUCGAGCGGGCGAGAGCGAGGCUCUGGUCUGCACCGCUUGCGUUGAACUUGAUGCCACGGAAACUAAAAGCCACUCUUACCCCACCUCCAUAGCAUCUCCCCGCCAUCCUCGAUGUUCCCUCCUUCACCCUCGCAGCCGUCUACUCGCGAUCGUACCACUCCGCCUCGACGCUCGCAUCGGAUUCUUCGCUCGCCUCUCACCACCAGAUCGACGUCUACUCCGACGACUCCAACUCGAGCGCCAAAGGCUCCUUGGACGACCUCCUCGCUCGUUCCGAUAUCGAUCUCGUUGUCCUCGCUCUUCCUAUUCUGACCCAACCUUCGGUCAUUCGGAAGGCUUGGAAGGCCGGCAAAGGGGUCAUUAGUGAGAAACCGGUCGCGAGUACGGUGGAGGAAGCGAAGGGUUUGGUCGAGGAGUAUGAGAAGCAGUACCGCCCCAAAGGAGUUGGAUGGUACGUUUCAUUUCCAAGAUCAACCAAACUCAUCGGGGAUAAUCCUAGCUGACCUAGAGUCACUUUUCAAACAGGAUCAUCGCCGAACAAUACCCGUUCGAAGCCUCUUUCGCUCGAGCUCGUGAACUCGUCGGCCAGGGCGAGAUCGGUCAGAUCAAGGCAUUCAAGUUGGACUUUUUCGGCUUUGUCGAAGCUGAUUCCAAGUACAACAACACCGAAUGGAGGAAGAAACCCGAGUACCAGGGAGGGUGAGUUGAAUUGAAAAUCUUUCUGGUCCAAAGUCUUUGCGCACCCAUUAAAAAUCCUGUGGGGUCCGGGUGAGCUAUAGAUACAUCCAAGACGGUGGUGUUCACUUCUUGGCCGGUAUGCGAACCGUUCUUUCGGCGCAAAACAUCGACAUCACGUCCAUCUCCGCCGUCGCUUCAUCGAUCCAAUCCCACCUCCCACCCGUCGACAUCGUCACGGGCUCCGUAGCGACCUCAGUCCCCGGCGUUACGGGAACGAUCAUCAUCUCCUUCGGUAUACAAGGUCUCGAUACCAAGACGGCCAUCUUCAUCGGUGAGACCGGAUCCAUCAUCGUCGAUUUCGGCGUCCGUCCCAAUUUGGUCAAAGUCUAUCGCUCCGCCGCACACAUUGGGGGACAAGGGACCGAACUCGUCGAGAAGCAUCAAUCGGAGGGUGUCAAACAAGAGUUCAAGGCUUUUGCAGAGGCGUUUGGGAAAGGGAUGGAUAGUGAGAAAUGGAGGUUGGUGGAGAAAAAGAGUGGUCCGAGAGCGACGUUGAGGGAUUUGGCGCUUGUUGAAGCGGCGAUCAAGAGUCAGGGUGAGAAAGUUGAUUUAAAGGAGUUGGGAGGAUCGAACAUCUGGGCGUUGUAG